UUUUGCAAUCCGAGGUGGAGCGUGUGCGAUUACUGGAAACAAAUCAAUUUUUUUAAACCGCAUCCAAUCGGCACAUAUAGCUAUCUCCAGCGAUCAUCGACUUUAUAACGUCAAUCAGAGCAAGCCCAAAAUGGCCCUGUCCAAGAUCGACUCCGAGAUAGAGCAGGUUGACCAGGAGAAGUACCUGCGCCAGGCCACCAGCUAUUAUCAGGCGCUGGAGAAGCCCCUUAAGUAUGGACCCGCGGUGGAUACCCUGACUGACUUGGUGGCUGCCCUUCACCGGGAGUUCGAGUCCAACUACGUCAACAUCGAGAUGGUCAAUCACCUGAUGCUCACCUACAAGUCGAAUCCCCGGGAGUGGCGCAAGUACGCCAAGUUCGAUCGUUAUAGCUACACCCGGAAUUUGGUGGAUGCUGGAAAUGGAAAGUUUAAUCUGCUGAUCCUGUGCUGGGGCGAAGGACACGGCUCCUCGGUGCAUGACCAUGCCGAUUCCCACUGCUUCAUGAAGAUGCUGAAGGGUGAUCUGCGCGAGAAGCGCUAUGAGUACCCCAACAGAUCCGGCAAGGACACCAGCCGAUCCCAUCAUCCCGAUGGCGAGAUCGAUAGCCGAGAGCUGGUGGAGAUCGGUGAGACACCAAUUGCCGUCAACGAUGUGGCCUACAUAAACGACAACUUGGGCCUGCAUCGCGUGGAGAAUCCCAGCCACUCGGACACCUCCGUCUCCCUGCACCUCUACUGUCCGCCCUUCGACACGUGCUCCGUGUUCCAGGACAACCUGAAGAAGACCACCGCCAAGGUCACUUUCUGGAGCAAGUACGGCGUAAGGACGAAGCAGAACGAGCAGUAGAUCCAGCCAGAUCCCCAAAUACAGUUACUCGUAUUGUUGCAUAUUACUAAGAAUCUUUAUUACUAGAUAUUUAAUGAGCUAGGGCCCAAGAAGAUCCGGGAGCUUAAAGUUCAAACAAGAAAAGUAAGGCACACGUGGACGCUGAUAAGCCCUCCUCCGAUAAGCCAUCCCCGGAUCACAGUUUCCUUUAGUGUAUCUUUAGUGUUAGCUGUACCAAAAAUAUUCAAUAAAUAGAUAUAUCAUUGUCAACUUCUCGA